AUGAUUGAACACGAAACAGCGUUAGAUCUGUUUCAACGGUUGACCAGUCAAGAUGACACCAAACAACAACUCCUCAUCGAUCGUCUCAAUCGAUGCCAUCAACUAUUAUUUCCAACUUAUGCACAGAAACACGCUUGUUUAACCGAAGUCUUAGAUCAAAAUCGAACGAUGACCAAAACCUUUCUUCAUGAUUUCAUAUUCAAUUCCAUUGAAUAUAUGAACUAUCGAAAUGAGCUCUUACAGUUACCAUUCAAAUCCGAAGAGAUUAAUUUUAAUUCACCUCAAGCGAAUAAAGAUUCUCUUAGGUCAGAAAAACCACCAUUACAAAUGAAACUUGAUUACGAUGAAUCGAUUAUUUUUCUCUACAUUGACACGGAAUACAAAGAAUGUCCGUUCAUCAGUGAUUACGUUCAAUGGUACGACUGUCAAACAUCAACUGAUCUAAUCAGUACAUUACUUCGUCUUGAACAAUCAUGUUUUAUUUCAAAUCCUACCCAACGAUUCGUAUUGAUCAUUGAUUCGAGUACACAAGUGCCAAUCAAUGAUUACUUCAUCUCAACAACACCUUCACAUGUUAUGCCCAUCGAAGAAAACAAACUUUUGACUAUUCAAUGGCAUACCAUACUUUGCCAUUUGAUUCCCAAGUAUAAACUCUCGUGUGUUUUAGUUGAGCAUCUCGAUAUCGACACACCCAUGUUUGACCGACUUAUUGGUAAACGCGAUGAAAGGUCAAUUCGACGGAAUAGUAAGAACAAAGACACACAAAUUCCAUUUUCUGAAUUUGCCUUUGGACGAUUGAUGAACAGUGAACAUUAUAUAAACAAUCAAUUCGAUUAUCGACAAAUACGUGCUAGUGACAUGCUGAAUUUUCAAUAUGAUUUAAAUCAAUCGACACACGCAAUGUCUCUUUUAGAUCUUGAACAAUAA